AUGUCAUUGUCGGACCCUAAAUUUGUCCAGCAUUUCAAGACCGAAACAUGGACACUAUAUGGUGUCAUCGCUGGCGGAGGUUCUAAUCUCUUAACCGACGAAGAAAUACUAGCUCUCACGCCGAAAACGAAAUCAGAACGUGUCAGUGGUAGCAAAUGGGUCUACGUCUCCGAGUACAUGAUGGUCCUCACCAUAUGGACUUUAAAAUGUUGCAUGUUAACAAUAUAUGGGCGUAUCACGAAUGGAUUGAGCCGCCAAAAACUAGUCAACUAUUGUGCCAUAUACACAGGAAUGUCGUUCAAAUGCAUUCUCCUGUUUAUCUUCAGCCUCGGUAUAUUCGUUAUUGUGGCGGCCCUCCUCACCAAAAUAUACUGUCUUGUUCCCUUGUUAAUUUCCUAUGUUUAUCUGAAUUGGCACUUCUGGGAGGCAACAGUUGUAGUGCUUGUGACAAAUCUGCUGCUGACCUGGUCUCUGUUAUGGGACAUUUUCCCCUCACUCAGGAACUGGUCUAGUGGAGGAUUGGGUCCAGCAAAUUGCAUCGGAGCCGCGCUCUCUAUGCCUCGACGCCCGUCAUGGACAGGGCUCAAAUCUGUAGAUUACAAACUACAAUCCUUCACCUGGUUGGGAUCAGCAACCGACAGGGGAAAGCCAACCUUGGAUGGUAAAAGGCACAGCAGCCCCACCACCAUCAGCAGCGAUGACGACGGUUCGGUGCGUUCUUUGCAUAUCAGACAGGAUGUCACCAUAACAGUUCAAUCGGAAGAUUAUCAAGCCGAAGAGUAUAAGGAGAAGAGAGAGCGCGAUCUCCCUCAUAACGACAUCCCGUCCUUACAGGCGACUACCCCGCCGCCUCGGACACCGGCACCAGUGUCUUCUUCCCUUUUCUGUGACGAAUGGGACACACCGCAUACAAUAUCCGCUGAUAGGCGUGUUCACCCAGACGGAAAGAAUUAAGCCAGAGAAAUGUUUUUGUUUCUAUGAUGCAAUGUGAACUUUUUGUAACGAGGGCUGGGAGUCUUUGGCGUCUUGCUCCUAACUGUACUAGAAACCCAUUUGAGUCCGUGUGAUGUUGUAUAUAUGGACAAUCGAUAGUUCCUUUGGAGAACUGGGUGGAUGUGGAUCGCAUAUAGUUCUUAUUGGGGGUAGCUUUCGAUCAGCUUAGUUACUCAUCCCCUACUUCCUCGUCCACCAGGUUCAGGAUAUGUAGUCUAAAAGUUAUGUCAUAGAGUUCGUCGACCUC